GGUACUAGUCUAUUAUAAAAAGGUCAGGUGUAAUAACCGCACAAACAAAACACAUGCAGUUGGUUUGGACAAAGACAUGAUGACUUGCUGCUUUGAAUAGGACGAUUAUUUCAGACUUUUAGUACCGAAAGUCAUUUUACAGUUUCUUCAAGUCUAUAAUUAAGUUACAUUUUUUGGGGUAAAUGAUGACUGUGACUGACAAAAUGCACAUUGGAAUUAUUGGAAUCCUACUGGGCAUGUACUUAAAGGUUCAAGCAGACUGUGAGCCGUACAUCAUUCUUAUUAGAGAGGAGGAGAGGUGCCUUCAUGAGUUGCAACUGCAUAAUGUGUCCAAAACUCCCCAACCAGACUGCAAGGGUAUGUGGGACCACUUGAAUUGCUGGUCUCCUGCUUUUGUAGGGGAAACUGCAUCACAGAACUGUCCCAAUUUCUUCAAAUCAGAAGGUAAAGUGGACCGGAACUGCACAGACACGGGCUGGACGGACCCAUUCCCUCCUUACGAGCAUGCAUGUUUCAACGAAACCUUCCACUUACUUGGAGAGUCACAUGACUCCCACAUGUACUUCCCCUAUGUGAAGACCAUGUACACUGCAGGCUACGCUCUCUCUCUAAUCUCUCUCACCAUCGCCAUCACCAUCCUCUGUCUCUUUAGGAAACUGCACUGCACCAGAAACUACAUCCACAUCCAACUCUUCGUUUCCUUCAUCCUGCGUGCUACCUUCAUCUUCAUCAAAGACUCUGUGCUCUUCACCGAUGAAGACUUCUACCACUGUGACGACUACCCAGCAGUGUGUAAGUUAGUGGUGAUGUUCUCCAACUACUGCAUCAUGGCUAACUACAGCUGGCUGCUGGUGGAGGGACACUACCUCCACACCCUGGUCAGCCUCUCCUUCUUCUCCAAGAAGAAACACCUUUGGUGGUACAUCAUCCUGGGCUGGGGUUUGCCAAUGAUUGUCAUUGUAUCCUGGGGCUUGGCAAAAUACUUCUAUGAGGAUGAAGGCUGCUGGGAGACAAGGGUACAUGACUGGGUUUGGUGGAUUCUCAGAUUACCAGUCCUACUCUUCAUAAUCAUUAAUUUGGUAUUUUUUCUGAGUAUCAUAAGAAUCCUGGUGGGGAAACUGCAGAUGCCAGACAUGCAUGGAAAUGAAUUCAGCCAAUACAAGAGACUUACCAAAUCGACUUUUCUUUUGGUGACCCUCUUUGGUUUGUACUACAUCCUCUUUGCCUUCUUACCCAUCAAAGUCAGUGGUUUAACGUACAAAAUAUGGACCUUUGUUGAGCUGGCUCUUGCAUCAACACAGGGCUUUGGAGUUGCUGUUCUUUACUGUUUUCUAAAUGGGGAGGUACAGUACGAGGUACAGAGGAGAUGGCGCAGGUGGAGGCUGAAGCAGCAUCUACACGGGGAGCCCAGACAGCAUGGUUCCAUGAGCCAAAGUGUCUCUCCCCUUACCCAGGUCUCCUUGCUUCCCUGUUCUGGACCGGCCAGCCUGGCAUGA